CAGAGUAAAUUAGAGGGAAUUGAAAUAAACAGGGAUUCUUUUCGAGUCUUCUUUAUCCCCUACAGUGUUCUUAGGUUCUUUGCCUUUCGAGAGAGCUAAGCUAAAAUAUAGUAGUAGAACACAUUGCGAAGAUCAGAUCUAGAUCCGGGUUACUUGGAACUGCUACUUCGUGAAGCAAUUUCACCUUCAAUCCUUCUUCAUCAUCUCUGGUGCUUAAAGUCUUGUGGGUUGAUCACUACUUGGACCAGCAGCCAUGUCCCGAAGGCCAGGAAAUCCUGCCAGACGCAUUGCAGACAGUGGCAGUAUUCCAUUUGUGAAUUCAUUGAAUCAGAAAUCACGCUCUUCACCUUUGCUGUCAAUUGGGCUCGUCCUUGUGGGCGCCUUCCUUCUUAUUGGCUAUUCUUAUAGUGGCUCAGGUGGAUUUGGUGGAGGUAGAGAAGCUCUUAGCAAGACUGAAGGUGAUCUUUCAUGCACAUCAGAAGUUCAGAGAGCCUUACCUUUUCUGAAGAAAGCAUAUGGUGAAGCCAUGCGUAAAGUUUUGCAUGUAGGCCCUGAAACUUGUUCAGUGGUCUCUAAAUUCCUACAAGAAGAGGAUACUGAAGCCUGGGGUGUGGAACCAUAUGACAUAGAAGAUGCUGAUGCUACCUGCAAGAGUCUCGUGCGCAAGGGCAUUGUGCGUGUGGCUGAUAUCAAGUUUCCUCUCCCUUACAGGGCAAAGUCAUUCUCACUUGUUAUUGUGUCAGAUGCUUUGGAUUACUUGUCUCCAAAGUACCUCAACAGGACUCUUCCAGAAUUGGCAAGGGUAUCCAUGGAUGGACUUGUUAUUUUUACCGGUUAUCCAGGUCAACAGAGAAUCAAAGUAGCUGAGCUAUCUAAAUUUGGAAGGCCUGCCAAGUUUCGGAGCUCUUCUUGGUGGAUACGGUAUUUUGUUCAAACAGGCUUGGAAGAAAAUGAAGCUGCCACCAAGAAAUUCGAGCAGGCUGCAACCAAGAAAUCCUACAAGCCAAGUUGUCAAGUUUUCCAUCUUAACGCAUACCACUGAGAGCAUGAUAUCUUCGAUGUUCAUGGAGCUUCUCAGCACAAUUAAGGCAAGAGUCUUCAACUCUCAUCUGAAAUAUAUCUCCCUAAUGGGUGACUUAAGUUUGAUGGAUGUGAUCAGUUCUGAUCAUUUAUUGUUAUUGUGUUCCAACAAUUAGAUGGUUGAUAUUUAUUGACUAUAAUUUUCAUGGGGAGGGGGGAGGGGAUUUCAUGAAUUGUAAUCAUAAAAUGUAUUUUUUGGAGUCUAGGUUUUCUGAUCUACACUUUGUUGUAACUGCGAAGAUACUGCAGAGUUUUCUCUUUCCAAGAUGGUCACCAUUUUACCAAGAAAUGAUAUGUCAAUCAAAAUUAGCUGUACUGUUUUU